AUGAGCGUGAAGCCUCUCCCAGCCUCUCCCAGCCUCCCCCAGCCUCUCCCAGCUCCCCCCAGCAUUCUACAGUUUCCCCCAGCCUCCCUUAGCCACCUAAACACUCCCCUUAGCCUCUCCAAGCCUCUAACGUUUGUUCUAACCUCCCCCAGCUUCUCCCAGCCUCCUACUGUUGCUCCCAGCCUCUCACAGCCUCCCCGAGCCUUCCCCAGCCUCCUACAGCCUCUCCCAACCUCCUCCAGCCGUCCCAGCCUCCUAAAGACCUCCCUUGAUCUCUCCCAGCCUCCUACAGUCACUCCCAGUCUCUCUCAGCCUCUGCCAGCCUCCUUCAGCCUCCCCAGCCUCCUCUUACUCUCUCCCAGACACCUAAACAGUCUCUCCCAGCUGUUCCAGUCUCCCCAGGACUUCCCACACCCAAACCGGCCUCUAGUCUCCCCCAGCCUCCCCCAGCCUCCUCUAGUUAGCUAUCUCAGCCUUACACAAACCUCCCUCAGCCUCUCCCAAGGUCUUCAAGCCUCCCCCCAGCCUCCCACGGCCUCCCUCAGCAUCCUCUACCUCCCCCAGCCAUGCCAGUCAACACAUCGCCCUCGGGAGUAA